CCGUCGACGGAGGUGAGCCGCGUCCGCGCCGGCCGCCGCUCGGGUGCACGCCGCCGCCGCCGCCGCCUCGUCCCUCCGGCGCACCAUGGAGCUCUCCCCGUCGUCCGGAGGAGCCGCGGAGGCGCUAUCCUGGCCGGAGAUGUUCCCGCGACUGGAGUCCGACUCGCCGCUGCCCCCGGAGGACCUGGACGCGGUUGUCCCCGUCAGCGGCGCCGUGGCUGGUGGCAUGUUGGACCGCAUUCUUCUGGAGUCAGUGUGCCAGCAACAGAGCUGGGUCCGGGUGUACGAUGUGAAAGGGCCACCUACCCACCGUCUGUCAUGUGGCCAGUCACCCUACACUGAGACGACAGCGUGGGAGCGGAAGUACUGCAUCCUCACAGACAGCCAGCUGGUGUUGCUCAACAAGGAGAAGGAGAUGCCUGUGGAGGGAGGACAGGAGCAGCAGACAGAUUCCACCAAAGGGCGAUGCCUGAGGAGAACUGUCAGUGUCCCUUCCGAGGGUCAGUUUCCUGAGUACCCACCAGAGGGCGCCGCUAAACUGGAAGUGCCGGCAGAAAGGUCUCCCCGCAGACGGAGCAUCUCAGGGACCAGCACAUCAGAGAAGCCCAACUCCAUGGACACUGCAAACACCUCACCCUUCAAAGUACCAGGGUUCUUCAGCAAGCGCCUGAAAGGCUCCAUCAAGAGGACCAAAAGCCAGUCAAAGCUCGACAGAAACACGAGCUUUCGGCUUCCAUCCCUUCGCAAUACGGACGACAGGUCUCGUGGGCUGCCUAAACUCAAGGAGUCGCGCUCCCACGAGUCCUUGCUGAGCCCAUGCAGUGCAGUGGAGUGUCUGGAUCUUGGGAGAGGGGAGCCUGUAUCCGUGAAACCACUCCAUAGUAGCAUCCUCGGACAGGACUUCUGCUUUGAGGUUACCUACCUAAGUGGAAGUAAAUGCUUUAGCUGUAACUCCGCUUCAGAGAGAGAUAAGUGGAUGGAAAACCUUCGCAGGACAGUUCAACCAAAUAAGGACAAUUGCAGACGGGCUGAAAAUGUUCUCCGUUUAUGGAUCAUUGAAGCCAAGGACCUUGCCCCUAAAAAGAAAUAUUUCUGUGAACUGUGCCUUGACGAUACCCUCUUUGCUCGUACAACCAGCAAGACCAAAGCAGACAAUAUUUUCUGGGGCGAACAUUUUGAAUUCUACAGCCUUCCACCUCUUCAUAGCGUCACAGUUCACAUUUAUAAAGAUGUGGAAAAAAAGAAGAAAAAGGACAAGAAUAAUUACGUAGGGCUGGUCAACAUCCCCACUGCCAGUGUGACUGGUCGCCAGUUUGUAGAAAAGUGGUACCCAGUGAGCACGCCCACCCCUAACAAAGGGAAGGCAGGAGGACCUUCUAUUCGGAUUAAAUCGCGUUUCCAAACUAUCACCAUUCUGCCUAUGGAGCAAUACAAAGAAUUUGCAGAAUUUGUCACCAGCAACUACACCAUGCUGUGUUCUGUCCUUGAACCAGUAAUUAGUGUGAGGAAUAAGGAGGAGUUGGCUUGCGCCCUCGUGCACAUUCUUCAGAGUACCGGCAGAGCCAAGGACUUUCUGACCGACUUGGUGAUGUCUGAGGUGGACCGUUGUGGAGAGCAUGACGUCUUGAUCUUCAGAGAGAACACCAUCGCCACCAAGUCCAUUGAGGAGUACCUCAAGCUGGUGGGGCAGCAGUACCUUCAUGAUGCGUUGGGAGAGUUCAUCAAAGCUUUGUAUGAGUCAGAUGAGAACUGCGAAGUGGAUCCCAGCAAAUGUUCGACCAGUGAACUGAUGGACCAUCAGAGCAACCUGAAGAUGUGCUGCGAGCUGGCUUUCUGCAAGAUCAUCAACUCCUACUGUGUUUUCCCUCGUGAGCUGAAAGAAGUGUUUGCAUCAUGGAAGCAGCAGUGCCUGAACCGCGGCAAGCAAGACAUCAGCGAGCGGCUCAUCAGUGCCUCACUGUUUCUCCGUUUCCUGUGCCCAGCCAUCAUGUCACCCAGCCUUUUCAACCUGAUGCAGGAGUAUCCUGAUGACCGCACGUCUCGGACUCUGACUCUCAUUGCCAAGGUCAUUCAAAAUUUGGCUAACUUUGCCAAAUUCGGUAACAAAGAAGAAUACAUGGCAUUCAUGAACGAUUUUUUAGAACAUGAAUGGGGCGGAAUGAAACGCUUUCUUCUGGAGAUCUCUAAUCCAGACACCAUCUCCAACACCCCAGGCUUUGAUGGGUACAUCGACCUGGGCCGGGAGCUUUCCGUUCUGCAUUCCCUACUGUGGGAAGUAGUUUCCCAGCUCGAUAAGGGUGAAAAUUCCUUCCUACAGGCGACCGUGGCAAAACUGGGACCUCUGCCUCGCGUUCUAGCCGAUAUUACCAGGUCUCUGACUAACCCCACACCAGUACAGCAGCAGCUGAGGCGCCUCGCUGAGCACAACUCCAGCCCCAAUGUCAGUGGAAGCCUCUCCUCUGGGCUGCAGAAAAUAUUUGAAGAUCCCACUGACAGCGAUGUGCAUAAACUGAAGUCCCCAAGCCAAGACAACACAGAUAGCUAUUUCCGAGGGAAGACAUUGUUGCUGGUUCAGCAAUCCUCCUCCCAGAGCAUGACUUAUUCUGAGAAGGACGAAAAGGAAGGGAGCCUGCCUAACGGCCGGAGCGUCUCCCUCAUGGACCUCCAGGACACCCACGCUGCUCAGGUGGAGCACGCAUCCAUCAUGCUCGAUGUGCCUAUGCGCUUGACCGGAAGCCAGCUCUCCAUAACCCAGGUGGCCAGCAUCAAACAACUGCGGGAAACCCAGAGCACCCCCCAGAGUGCACCCCAAGUGAGAAGGCCCCUGCACCCAGCCUUGAACCAGCCAGGCAGCCUCCAGCCCUUGUCAUUCCAGAACCCUGUCUACCACCUCAGUAACCCCAUGCCAGCAAUGCCAAAGGCCUCUGUGGAUUCCAGUUUGGAGAACCUAAGCACUGCCAGCUCCAGAAGCCAAAGUAACAGUGAGGACUUCAAGCUCAGUGGACCCAGCAAUAGCAGCAUGGAAGAUUUCACCAAACGCAGCACUCAGAGCGAGGACUUCUCCCGGCGGCACACCGUGCCGGACAGACACAUACCUCUUGCUCUGCCACGGCAAAACAGUACGGGGCAGGCCCAGAUCCGGAAAGUGGACCAAGCCGGGCUGGGUGCCCGAGCCAAAGCCCCGCCGUCCCUGCCACACAGUGCGUCCUUACGUAGCACGGGGAGCAUGUCGGUGGCCUCUGCAGCCCUGGUGGCCGAACCUGUGCAGAAUGGCAGCCGGUCCCGGCAGCAGUCCUCGUCCUCCAGAGAGAGUCCUGUCCCCAAAGUGAGAGCGAUCCAGAGGCAGCAGACGCAGCAGGUUCAGUCACCUGUGGACUCUGCCACAAUGUCCCCAGUAGAGAGGACAGCAGCCUGGGUUCUGAACAAUGGGCAAUAUGAAGAGGAUGUGGAAGAAACGGAGCAAAAUCCAGAUGAAGCCAAGCACGCCGAGAAGUACGAGCAGGAAAUCGCGAAGCUGAAGGAGCGCCUGCGCGUGUCCAGCCGGCGGCUGGAGGAGUACGAGCGGCGGCUGCUGGUGCAGGAGCAGCAGAUGCAGAAGCUGCUGCUGGAGUACAAGGCCCGGCUGGAGGACAGCGAGGAGCGGCUCCGCAGGCAGCAGGAGGAGAAGGACAGCCAGAUGAAGAGCAUCAUCAGCAGGCUAAUGGCCGUGGAAGAGGAAUUGAAGAAGGACCAUGCUGAGAUGCAAGCAGUUAUUGAUGCAAAGCAGAAAAUAAUUGAUGCACAGGAAAAACGGAUCGUGUCCCUGGAUUCGGCCAACACCAGACUGAUGAGCGCGCUGACGCAGGUGAAGGAGCGGUACAGCACGCAGGUCCGCAACGGCCUCUCCCCCACCAACCCCACCAAGCUGUCCAUCACGGAGAAUGGUGAAUUCAAAAACAGCAGCUGCUGACGGGCUUCGACCAGACAGGCUGCAGGGGACCGCAGGGGACCUCGCGCGCUCCUGCCCCGCCCUUGCCCGGCCCGCGGCUUCAGAACAGCGCUGCGGAGAGAAGGCUCGAAGGAGGAAAAGAAUCUUGUCUUUCAGGGCACAAGGCUAAGACCUCCCAGGUCGACGCUUUCCCCCAUGUCUCUAUGUACAUAGGGAACUUAGUUCUGGGCCAUGUACAGAAAAUACCACUGUAAUAUACCAAAAGGAAGUUAAUAAUGUAGAUUGCCUUUUUAAUUAUUGCUAUUUUUAUUAUUGUUUUCCUCUUGUUGAAAGCACUGCAGUUGUUAGAGGAGGAAGGUAGGAACUAAGUGUGAGUGAGAAAUGAGCCCAGGGUUCAGUAGGUAGAAACCACGUGUCUGUGUGUCUGUCUGUCUGGUAGAAGCGCACAGCGUGCAAUAGGACAUUGUCAGAAGAGUUUUUCAGGGAUUCAUCUGCCAGUUGAGAAACUCCACUCCUGCUCCCUUGUCCUUUAGGAAAACAUGCAGAUACAAAGGUCCAAACAAAACAUUCGUCCCGUUGAUCAGCCAAGACUGGAUUUGGACAGACAGCUAAUCCGAUUUGCGGAUAUGCUGUUUCAGAGGGCAGAUGAGAGCUCUUGCAUCAACACUGGACUUUAGGACUGAUUUCUGUUAAACCCCCGUUGAUGUUUAUUUCCUUCUGUCUGUAGCAGAUGGGAAUUUUCCAUUUUAGGUAGGGGGCUUUUUUUUUUUUACCCUAGUUGUAAUAAAGGGCGUUUUUUUUUCCCCCCUCUUUAGAGUUUACAAAACUAUAAAUAUUUGUGUCUCUACAUACUGUCUUCACCUUCACAAACCCACUGCCCUUUCCUCCCCCACGGUGGGGGCGGCAUCUCACCUGGAGAAGCAAUUCAAAUACGCUGUCCAUCACCCAUCCGAAACAAACACCCUUCCGUGCAGAAAAGGGCUAACCAUACCGUAGCAGGAAUCUCUGACUAUUUCCUAUUUAAAGAAAGAAAAAAACAUUUUCUAUUUGUAAGUACUAGCAUAUCUCUGGGCAGGGUCAUUUUAUCUGAAUCUUUAACUUUUAAAUUGCUUCUUUCUCUACUCCCCUGAGUACAAUUUGGAAAGGAAAUCUGGAGCAUCACUCUCUUAAAAGUGAUGACGACUCUUGUACAAAAGAAAAGUGGAAGAGUGAAGACAGCACGUCCCGUUGCUUUUUCCCGUGCUCUUAGGUUUGUCGAUAAUGACCCAAUGUCACCAGUUGUCAUCCUUGGCUUUAUUGUAGGACAGAAAAAGUCGUGGGAGCUAAUUUAUUUUCUUUUUCCCGAAGGUGUGAAAUGUCAUCUUGAAUGCAAGCUUUAUUAUCAGAAGUAUGGAAUGUUAUGUGUUAGGACAAUACAUAUACAAAUAUAUAUACACAUAUCUAGUCACACGUGUACAUAUAACCGCACAAAUAGGAAAAGUUCAUGCCUUCUAUGCUGUCAGAUAUAAUGUUAAAAGGGUUUUGAAUCUUUUAAGCAAGAUAGAAGUCGUCGUUUAUAUUGAGAAAGGACAUUUCUCAAAAAAGGUAAUGAUGUUUAUUUUAAAUUAUAAAUUUGAGGAAAUUUUAUAAAAGGAAAAGCAGAGAGGAAAAAAGAAGACCUGGGGGAGUCGCAGGCGCGGAGCGAGUGUUUCUACCUGACAGAACCUGGGAAGGGAACAAGAGAGCAGAGCGUUUACCUGUCGUGUCCUCCCUUGAGCAAAGCCCCGACAGGGGCACCAAGCACCCCAUUUCCCCGCACCCCAGCUCGCAUUCCGGCCUCUGGGGCGCUCUCCUCUCUCAGAUGGGUCUUUGUGUUGGACCCUGCGUCUCAGCAACCUCACUGUGGCUCCCCCAUCCGUGACCUUUUAAAACAUUUCCCUUCGUAACCCUCCCGUUUCUGCCGGUCAGAGAUGUAAAGCAGGACCUGCUCAUGUUGCUUAGCCGAGCCGCAGCCUUCAUGCCCACGUGUUUUAGCACUUGUGUAUUUUCUUGACCCUCAGUAGUUAUUUUACAAAUUCUAUCCCUCUCCUCCAAGCUGAGGGCACACUGUGGUCAAAAUCACUUACUUUAAUAGAAAAAAAAUGACCAAUUCUGAGGUAGUGGGAGGGGAAAAUGCAAACGUAGAUCUGCUCUUGUCUCCGGUCUAGCCAGGUCUUAUCCAUCCGUUGUGCUGCAGAGAACAUGGAAGAGAAUUGUCAGUCCCAGUGGUGUUAAGUAGGUAACGUGGGUGGCGGCUUGCCCUGCGGUUUAGAUUAGAAGAGCUCAGGUGUUGGUCGUGGAUUACAGAGGGCUCGUCAGCUCACCUGUACUGGGCGUCGGGGAGACAAAACAUCACGUUUUUGAUGGAUGCAGUGUAUCUCGUUGGCGUGUGGGAGCGCCGUAGAGCUGCCUACUUUGGAAGAUGAAAUGCCCCCAAAUGUUUGGCUAGACUGUGCAGCCCUCUGUAUCAGGGUAUCUUGAAUGAAGAGGAGAGAGUAAAAGAAAAAUUAUAAAGUGAGAAGCUGAAAGUUCAGAGUUAUUGCCAGAUUAACUUUUAGAUUAUCCUUUGAGCCUAUUUCUAUCCAAAUAUUUUUCUGAGGUUUUAUUGUGUGUGUGUGUGUGUGUGUGUGUGUGUGUGUGUGUUGUGUGUGUGUGUGUAAAAAGGCAGCAACAGCUGAUAAUUUUUAUGGAGGUAUUCCUUAAUUGGCUUUUCUUCAGCCCAAAUAGGUACAGACUUCUGCUGGGAGGAAGGACAUGGUCGAAGAAACGGGUGAAUUAAGAUGGCUGCCGACAUGUCACCCGACGCGUCACCACAUUGUGGGGCGCGGCAUAGACCCGGGCCAAGUAGAAUUUAGACUUCAGGAGAAGUGCUUGCUUGCUAAGUGCUCGUCUAGCUGACGAGCAGACUCGGCCAUUAUCAAGGACAAUGUCGGUAAGAUUUAGGAAAAAGCUUCAUGUUCCCCUUUGGUAUCACUGGAGCAAUAAGCAUCCUGGGCUGAAGCAGCAGAGGGAGUUACAUUUCCAUCAGGUCAUCACGUUCCCUGAGUCUCUGCAAUUCGAGCCUGACCGACGGGAGGUUAUAUGUAACUAGGUCACUGGAAUGGACACUGGAGCAGUACUGUGUCCCAGGCUGUCACCUAGGGCGGUCUUUGGUGAGGGGAAUGUGGGGAUGAGGUGAUCACGCUGCUGCGGCUUUGCGCGUUUUGCACUUGGUGCCGAGGUGGUCAGACGAGCUUUCCGUGGUCCGCUUCCACCUUUACCUGCGAUGGUGUCGAACAGCGCGAGAAAAAGUAGCAUUUCUGUCUGUGACUGUCGUGUGUCCGGGAGAGGUAGCUUGACUUAAGUAAAGCUUUUCACCUCUCCUGUGCCUAUGACCUUUGUUUAUGGGUCUGUUUAUGACUCUCACGCUGUCCUCAGAGGGCCACCUAGUUGGGAACAGUUCUUAACAUGGAAGUCCCAGAACGAGACGAUUGCCAUCGAGUGCAUCUGCUCUGGUGUUUCUCUUGCUUUCCAUCCACGUCUAGUUCUGGUCAUCUCCAGUGUGGAGUCCUGUGCAGGCUGGUCGUGGGCCUGAACUCGGGGAAGGAACCCUCUGCAGGAUCCUCCGAGCCCCAGGCUGACACAGGCUAGCCUUGUCACUGGGCCUGAGUCUGCAGCCCCCGCGCCCAGGCCACAGCUCCACAGCAUCUUCAGCCGCCUUUGGAGGCCGCCUUCUCUGCGGACUGUGGAAAGCUAAAAGGGCUUUCCUCGACCUCCUCCUUAACCUUUCCCGAGUCUGGUAGUGACAUCUCCCGCUUGCCCUAGCAGUGAAUAGUUACUUUCCCACCCCUUCCUGGGGGCCAAGAAUUUGGGAUACUUUGUUUUUAUCAAUACAUCGAUUGAAAGGACCUAUUUUACUAGUUUUUUUAAAAGAAGUUACAUUGGCGUGUUGAAUUUUUAAUAGACUCUCUUUUUGUGUUUGAGUGACUGUUAUUAGUUCUAGAAGCAUUCUCUUGUCGUCAUGACCCAGUUCCAAAACUCUAGAGUUUAGGAAAGACAAAAGUGAUGAAAUUUGCAUGAGGUGGAAUAAAUAUCUUAUGAGGCGGGAAAGAACCUGAGGAAGAUAACGUGAUCCAAAAGGGAACUCACGGCCAGCAGCCCCCUCAGCAGUCGGAAAGUUCAAGGCAACGGGGAUUCAUAGCCUUUGCCGGGAGCUCUUAAAAUACAGAGCUGUAUGGAGAGGCAGUUUCUGUAGACAACAUGUCCACACCCGCACAAAACACAGUUCCUAGGGUCUCCUUUUUCUGAAUGUUGAUCUAUCUUAUAGAGCAGUGAUUCCCAAACUUUCUUGGGUGUUUCAGAUUUUAUGCUCUCAUUUGUUAGAUUUUAUGACAGUGGUUCUCUUUUCUUUAAAGUGUACCAUAUGUGUUAUAUGUAUAUAUAAGUUAAAGUAACUUGCAAUUGAUUUGGUUUGACAUUAUCUCAAGACCCUUGGAUAUCAUUAGUGAUACCUUGGGGAGUCAUAGAAAGGAAAUUGAAUCUGAUAUUAGGAUCCAGAAAGUAGUUUUGGUUCCUGAUCAGUUAAUCCUCAGGCGACUGAGUACCCCACGCAGCAGGACUUAGCAAACGCAGUAAGCCACCCAAGGAAAGUAAAAUGGUAGUUUUUGCCCAGAUUUCAGCAUGCAUUUUAAUUUCCUACUCAGUUGUUAUUUUUCAUUCGAAUGCCCUCGUUUUUCAUUUUUCUCUAGGAAAUAUUUUAGUUUCGGACUGAAAACCAGAUUUAUCUGUUGUCGUAAAGAGAUUUCCACAAAAGCUGUGUUUUAGGGACCUCUCUCAUCUGUGUGGGAGUACAAAUAUUUAUGUAAAGAUAUCAUAUUUAUGUCGUUUUACACUCCCAAGGGAAAAUUUCAGUUCUCAGUUCACCGAAAUUGAUUCAGUGACCACUAUCCUGCAGAAAAGUUGAAAUAAAUAGUAAAGGUUAAAUUUUGAAUGGUGCUUAGACAUUUCCUAGUUACACUAAAAUUAACUCAAGCAGAUAGCUGCACAUUAACCUGAAUCACACCUGUGAGGAUUUUACCUUCUAAAUUUGCUUUCGUUUUUCAUCUCCAGGGCCUUAAUAAAAGUGUGUUAAUACACACGACUAUUUUACAAUGAUAGCUCUAAAUAAUUUAUUUUUUAUUUCAAGAAAGAGAAGUACACCUUAGAAAAACAAAACCCAAGAUUUUAUUUUAUUUUUAAAGCCAUAUUUUUGUGCUAGUAGCACUUAGAUUGUUCCAUACGUGAGAUCCAUAUCUGCAUUUCAUUACCUGGGUUUGUUCUAAAGAAGAUUUAUUUUUGUUCUGUGAAUAAUUUUUGAUGGUUCUUGUACAUGUACAGAUAUAGAUAACGUUUGAGGUCUUUUAUUGAUAAUCCUACAAAGAAUACAAAUAAACUUUAACUUUAAACAUUU